AUUUUCUCCAUUUAUUUCUUUUCACUGGAAAUUUUCAUUUCUGAUUUUAAAAGGAAAAAGACUCUGUUUCUCAGAGUUUCUUUCUUGGUAACCAACCAGCUCGAAGAAACUUAGCAAAGCUUCAUACGCAAGACUGAGAAAACAAGGUGUAUAGGAGAUUUAGUCUCGAAUGGAGAUUUGCCUUGUCGUCGGACACAGUUGCUGAGCAAAAUUAGUUUGUGAUCUAACUUAAGAGAUGGCAAGGCAUCGUUUUAGAGAGUCUAUAAAGUCAUUCUUCGGGCAUCAUGUUGAUCCAGAAAAGGAUGAACAGCUUAAAGGAAGUAAAAUAGUAAUCGACGACAAGGUGAAAUAAAUAUUGAAGCUCAUCAAAAAUGAAGAAAAUGACUCGAAUAAGGAACCACUUGUUGAGUUAAUUGAGGAUUUCAACAAAUAUUAUCAAAGUCUUUAUGAACAAUAUGAUCAUCUCACGGGAGAGCUGAGAAGAAAAGUUCAUGGAAAACUAGAAAAAGAUGCCUCGUCCUCAUCAAGUUCAGAUUCAGACUCCGAUCAUUCUUCGGAAAACAGAGGCAGUAAAAAUGGGAAAGUAGAAAGUGAAUCUCAGAAAAUGGCAGACAGCAUUAAACAAGAACUUGAAGCAGCGAAUAUGGAAAUUGCUGAUCUUAAGAGGAAGAUGACGGCUACAAGUGAAGAAAAAGAUGCUUUGAAUUCGGACUAUCUGGCCUCUUUAAGCAAGGUGCGAGAACCGGAGGAAAUCAUAAAAAGUCUGAAGCUUGAAUCUAAAAGAUCAGAGAACAAAAUAUCACAACUUAUGGUUGAGAUUGAAGAUCUCAGAAGAGAAGUUGAUCCGCUGAAAGAGGAAAAUAUAACCGUAAAGCAAGAGCUAGAAAGUGUUAGGGGCGAGGUUUCUGACCUGCAACCAAAGCUGGAAUGUGCAGAAAAUCAAGUUACAGAAUUGAGCUACAAUCUUAAUGCUACGGUAGAAGAUAAUAAAUCCCUCCACUCAAAACUUUCUGAGGCUUUGAAUGAGGUUCAGCAGGCACAGGAUAAAAUACAAGAACUCAUGACUGGAUUGAGUCGGUCAAAAGAUGAACUAGUUGAGAAAGAAGAAGUUUUGAAUCUAAAAGAGUUACACGAGGUGCAUGUGAAUCAAUCAUCUGCUCAGAUAAAAGAACUAGAGGCACAUGUGGCAAGCUUGGAACUUGAGUUGGAAUUGUUGCAAGCAGCAAGCAGAGAUAUGGCGGCGCAGAUAGAGAACAAAGCAAGUGAAGCAGAACAGCUGGGAGAGCAGAAUAUAGGACUCCAAUCCAGAAUUUCAGAACUUGAGAUGAUGUCAAAAAAGGGAGAAGAAGAGCUAGAAAGACAAAUUAACAAUCAGCAGAGAAUGCUAGAGGAACAGGGAGAGUCGUAUAAGAAGUUGACUGGUAUGCCAACAGGUUGAGUGCUUAUACCAAGAUUGCAAGGAAAAUCUUGAAGUUGCAGAAAGGAAGAUACAAGAAAGGUCGGAAGAAAUUGAAUCUAAAAAACAGAUGGCAGCUGAUCUUAAGCAAAUGGUUGACGACCUUCAAAGGGAUUUGGAAGCAGAGAGAGAUGAGAAAAAUGAUUUAGUGAGCCAGAUUACAGAUCAUCAGAUAAUGCUGAAAGAACAAGAAGAUGCAUUUAACAAGCUAAGCGAGGAGUACAAACAACUUGAAGCUUCAUUUGAAGACUGCAAGGCAAUUAUCGAAGUCACAGAAAUGAAAAUGCAAGAAAUGGCCGGAGAGCAUGAUAAGAGUGUUCAAUGCAAGGACCAAACGGUAGCUGAUUUGGAGCAAAUUAUCGAGGACUUGAAGAGGGAUUUAGAAAUGAAAGUAGACGAGCUCAGUACUUUCACCGAAAAUGUCCGCACAAUUGAAGUUAAGCUCCGUUUGUCAAACCAAAAACUUCGAGUCACAGAACAGUUACUAACAGAGAAAGAAGAGAG